AUGCCAUCCAUUCGGACAACGCGGACCAAACCACCGCCAGAGGGCUUCGAGGACAUAGAGGACAUCCUCGAGGACUAUGCUCGCAAGAUGCGAGACGCAGAGAACGAGACGCAUGAAGGAAAACGGAAAGCUGAGUCGGUUUGGCCGAUCAUGCGAAUCUCGCAUGCUCGAUCGAGGUACAUCUACGACCUUUACUACAAGCGAGAAGCGAUCAGCAGGGAGCUGUACGAUUGGUUGCUGAAGGAGAAAUAUGCGGAUGCAAACUUGAUCGCCAAAUGGAAGCGACCCGGUUACGAGAAGUUGUGCUGUGUACGAUGCAUCCAGUCUCGAGAUAUGAAUUAUCAGGGGUCAACAUGUAUCUGUCGUGUGCCGAAAGCAGCGCUCAAAAAGGGAACGGUCGUAGAGUGUCAACACUGUGGUUGCAGAGGUUGCGCAGCACAAGAUUGA